CAAACAGUGCCACAGAGAGAGAACUUGCUUCCUGGUCGUUCCUCAUUCCCUAUUGUUGUGAGCUUGGUAAAUUAAGGGACUACGAUUAAACUUAUAUUUUUAUGGGAAUACUAACAACAAUCGCUGCUGGCAAUACUGGGGUGGUGGUAAACACUCCGGGAACAGUUUCUUGACGUCUCCAAACACCGCAUGAGGCUGUCGGUGGAAUGUCGCUGAGCUCAGGCGGGUGGACUACUCACACCCCUUCGCCGGUCCCGUCCUCAUCUAUCCCAGGCUAUGGGGCCUCACAAACUGGCUGCCAUACCGUCUUGAUGUCUGUACGGGUAUCAGUUUGCUAUUCUGAUAUUCGGCCGGUGUGUCUUCCAGGGGCAGGUGAUGAGUCACUCCGUCUCCAGCUCUGUAUGGACCCCUGGAAGUCCGGGGAAUACCGUCUCAUGCUACGGGACACUAGCAGAACAACGGGUCGGAGUGUGGUAAGAGAUCGUGAUGUUUAUUUAUUACGAAGCAGGCAGGCAUGGAUGUACAGAGGGUUUUGUCACUACACUAUUACAUUACCCCUGGUCUGGUCUCAUGGUUACUUUUGACAGGCAUUCAUUGAACUGUCAGAGAGCAAUUUGAAACAGAUCAUUUAUAGUUCAACAAAUAGUUGAACUACAUUCUUGUCAUCAAACAUUCCCACAAGGUUUAUAGGCUGUACCUUGCUGCUGUGCUGUCCAAUCGAUCUCUUCCAAAAUAGAGCAACAACAUGACAUCAGUACUAGAACUACAGUCAUUAUACUACCAGAGAAUAAACAGUGGUAGUGGCCUAUUUCAGUGUGUGAUAAAAUGAGCAUCACUCUUCUUCUCUCUCCCCCUUCAUGUCUUCCAGUCCAUUGCAGAGUUUGACCUGAGGUUGCUACGCUAUGAGGUGAAGUCGGCAAAAUGCCACGAGCUGAGUUUGGCCAUGCCCCCUCAUGACCACAUCAGCUUCAACUUCCACUGCCAGCAGGAGGCUCAGGAGUGGGCCACCGUGGUGAUGUCAUCACUCAGAGAGGCACAAAGGGGUCAGUCGCCACCGAUCUCUAUUCUCUCUGACCUGUUUGUCCACUGAAUUCUCUUCCUGUGCUCUAAUAACCAGAGUCCUCUAUCUCCUCCUCUCCUGACCCCUCAGUGGCAGACAGCCCUCCCACCGAUGACAGACAGCUGCCUCUAGAGGCCUUUGAGAUGCCCAUCUCCAGUGCCUUACCACGCACAGGUAGCCCUAUACAAUAUGGUUGCAUUAUGGGCAAUUCCACGUUAACAGAAUUAAGAUGAGACUCUAAUGUUUCACUUUAAAAUGUAUGCCAAACAAAAACCAAUGAUUGCAAAGUUAGACAAACCAUACAACUCUAUGCACAAGGACAACUUUUAAUAAUUUCAACUGAAAAUUGUACAAAAACAGAUUUACUUCAAGAACAGUCCAGAUGCAACAUUUGGUAACAGAAUGACGGAACAAAAAGCACUGCCCGUCAUUCUGUUGCAUUUUUAUGCUUCAUGAGAAUACUUAAGUGGUUUUGUGUACUGUAGUGUAUAGGCGUAGUUUCUACCCUUUUCAAUUGCUCACUGUCCCUGCCUCUCGGUUUCUUCCUUGUGUCCACUGGUCUGUAGAGGAGAUGUGUGCUGACCUGACCAGAGCCAUCCAGGCUGGUGACAUCCAGGCGGCCUCCAUCUACGCUGCCACCCUGGCUCAUCAGCAGGCAGGGCUGAAGAUCCAGCCCUCAGAGGAGCUACGGAGACACAGAGGUUAAGUGAGAGGGUGAAGAGCACGAGAGCUACUGGGUAGAAGAAGAUACAAUUAUUGAAGAAUUCAGAAUAUAACUUUGUAGGACAGGAAAUGCAUAUUUUAGGAGUUGAUGACGAUUGUAUCUUUCUGUGAAAGCUUGGCUGUAAUGGUUGAGGAUUCUUCAUCUUCCUGUUGUGUCACGGUGAAAGUCCUCCCCCACACGACCAUCGCAAUACUCAAACAGCAGGUCAGUCUGAACAGCUUAAACAAGAUUUUUCAAUUUUUUAAAGUUUGAAUUUAAAUUCAGUUCUCCAUAAAAGUAUUUAGCUAUAAAAUAUUUUUAACAUUAUGUAAACCUACUUUCUGUCUUUGUUUAUUUGGACCUUUCUGUCUGUCCCUCUGUCUCCUAGGUAUUCCUGGAGUAUGGCUUCCAUCCGCGGGUGCAGCGCUGGGUGAUCGGCCAGUGUCUGUGUGCUGAGCAGCGCUCUCUGGCAUCAUAUGGGGUGCGCAGAGACGGGGACACGGCCUUCCUGUACCUCCUCUCCGCCCGCCACGCCCGCCUCACACGGCAGCUGCUCCAGCAGGACCAGGAGAGUACCCUCCUCACCCCCGCUACCCCUCCUCCCGGGCCCCCCAGAAAUGGCCCUACAUCCCAGGACUGGAGGGUUUACAGCACCCUGCCACCCAGACUGAGCCACAGCAGCAUGGGUGAGACUGCUAAGCACAAACACAAACACACCAUUGACAGAAGGACCCAUUGUUGGCACCCUGACCAUGCGUUGUUCCUGUCCCUGUAGGUUCAAAUGGAACAGGGCCGAAUGGAGCAGGGGCAGAGAGGCUGAACAUCAGUGAAAUCAAAUACCUCCUCAACCUGGAGAUGCCACAACUCAAUGAUGCACUUACCCCCAAGAAAUCAGGCCCUCAGGUACACACAAGCUCUGUACAAUACCCCUUGGUAAUAAUUGAAUAACGAUGUCACCCUCAUAACAUAACUGAUACAUACCUAGAUGCUGUAAGUUGACAUACAGUAGGUAUCCACCUACACACCUGUAAAGACCGUCUCGCUGUGGGUCUCAGGGUUGGGCCUGCCCCUCUUGCACGUACAUAAACAAGCCCACGCGGCCUGGCUGUGAGAUCUGCAGUACAGACCGUCCAGAGAGCUAUACUGUUCCUGGGAGCUACAAACCAGACCCUCUGGAGCUCCGCCGCAUACAGCAGGAGAAAGAAGCCGUCCGACAGCACCAGCAGGUAGGAUGGUUUUAUGCUCAGACAGACACACACCCACACACUCCCUCACUCAUGCACGUAAACACAUUAAAAUAGUGCAUACAGCAGGUGAUGCAAGCUGUCAGACCGUGCCAACAGGACAGGUAGGACCCUCUGAUGCAGACAUGCACACACAGUUGACAGUAAAAACAGUGUGUAGUUUAUUAAGGAAAAGGCAGGCUUAGUAGGAUGGAUGUAAGAGCUGAGGAGGAGUUGAGACGACCAGGGAUGGUAGGCUGGGCUCCAAGGCUGACUCUCUUCUCUUCUGUCUCUUUGUUUUUUGAAGGAGGAAGGGAGAAGAGAGGAGCUGAGGGGCGCAGGUGCUCAAAAUGACUCACUACUGGUAGACUUAGACCAGGACUACUGAUAUCAUCACAGAAAGAGACUGACUAACUGAUACACACACUCCACGUAUCAUCACAGAAAGAGACUGACUAACUAAGACACACUCCAUGUAUCAUCACAGAAAGAGACUGACUAACUAAGACACACUCCACAUAUCAUCACAGAAAGAGACUGACUAACUGAUAAACACACUUUCUAUAUUUUGCAACUGUUACAUACUGUAACAUUCUCUUCAACCUAUGCACUCACUCAAGCUACUGAGCAGUAGUCAUUUGUCUUAUGACAGAACCUCAGUGACUGUACAUUACAUAGGACAGCAUUGUGGCUGCCUACCCCCUGACAUUGUUUGAUACAAAUACUGUAUGUUUAAGCAAAAUAAAAAUGUGUAUGGCUAUGUUAUGUUGAAAUCUUUUUAUAUAGGACAUCACUAAAGCUGCUAUUUUGCAUGUUUGUAAUAAAUUAUGUAACUGUACUGCUACUGUAAAAGUCCAUAUAGGCCAUGUUUGCUCAGUGUGUGCCAACCAGUUGAAACCUACCGUUUCAGAGAAGGAAAACAACUCUGCUGUGUUGCCCACUCUGUUCCUGUUUGUUGCAGUCUGGGUCAUGAAGUUCAAAACUUCAAUGGCUGUUUGUUUUCAAUGUGUUAAGUCUCAAAAUGCACAAUUUAAUUAAUAAUGAAUUAAUUUUUUUCAUUUUGACUGAAAGAAGAACAAAAGAACACCCAUGUUAUUGCAAUUAAAAUGUGUAUUUAACUGUAAUUAAGCAAGCAAAUAAAAUGCUUUUUUGAACAAAAUGAAUGCCAGUGUGUUAAUUGUCGUGUGUGUGAAUGAUGUGUGGUGUGUGUACGUGUGUUUACAUUGUGUUUAACAUGUGUGUUGUAUGUUGUGGAUCCCCACCACCCCAGGCUAGAGAAGCAGAGCUGAUGAUGCUAGAUGGGAAGGACCUGGUGCCCAACCCAGAGGCUGUGAACUGGAUGAUCUGUUACCUGGACUUACAGCCUGGGGAAGGAGUCCUGCUCAGAGAGUGUCUCCACUGUUUCUGCAGGUAACACACACACCUUAGUGACCCUACCCCUAGUGACCCUAGUGACCCUACCCCUAGUGACCCUACCCCUAGUGACCCUACUCCUAGUGACCCUAGUAACCCUACCCCUAGUGACCCUACUCCUAGUAACCCUACCCCUAGUGACCCUAGUGACCCUACUCCUAGUGACCCUACCCCUAGUGACCCUCCCUAGUGACCCUACUCCUAGUGACCCUACUCCUAGUGACCCUAGUGACCCUACUCCUAGUGAUCCUAGUGACCCUACUCCUAGUGACCCUACCCCUAGUGACCCUACCCCUAGUGACCCUAGUAACCCUACCCCUAGUGACCCUACUCCUAGUAACCCUACCCCUAGUGACCCUACUCCUAGUGACCCUAGUAACCCUACCCCUAGUGACCCUACUCCUAGUGACCCUAGUGACCCUACUCCUAGUGACCCUAGUGACCCUAUCCCUAGUGACCCUACCCCUAGUGACCCUACCCCUAGUGACCCUACUCAUAGUGACCCUAGUGACCCUAUCCCUAGUGACCCUAUCCCUAGUGACCCUACCCCUAGUGACCCUACCCCUAAUGACCCUAUCCUUAGUGACCCUACUCCUAGUGACCCUACCCCUAGUGACCCUACCCCUAGUGACCCUACCCCUAGUGACCCUAUUCAUAGUGACCCUACCCCUAGUGACCCUAUCCCUAGUGACCCUACUCCUAGUGACCCUACUCCAAGUGACCCUAGUGACGCUACCCCUAGUGACCCUACCCCUAGUGACCCUACCCCUAGUGACCCUACUCCUAGUGACCCUACCCCUAGUGACCCUAGUGCCCCUACCUAGGGCUGUUGUGGUGACCGUAUUACCGCCACACCGGCGGUCAUGAGUCAUGAUAAUACACACACCUUAGUGACCCUACCCCUAGAAUUUAAAUGUAAUGAUGGCAGUCAAAUUCCACAUGACCAUUUAGUCACGGUAAUUAGGCUUCUCCAAGCUCUGAUGCUGCUGAUGGUCAUUAGUAGCCUACCAAACUUGCUAACUGCCAGUCACUAAUGGCCCGGUACUCAGCACUCUAUUGUCCCUCUAAUCACUCUGACAUCAAUGCAAAUGUGAUCGAAAAUCUAAUCAAACACUUCAUGAGUGCCCAUGAGCUCAUGUUGCAUAACAUUUCUAUAGGUUAUGCAAUUGCACGAGAAAACAGAGUGAUGGCCUCUAUUAAAUAGAGGAAGAUUCCAUCAGCUUUCUAUAGGCUAGACCUACUAUAUUUAUUUCUCAACUUUCCUAAUAUUAAGCACAUUGCUUAUCUUUACAACAGGAGUAUAGCCUACCUGGCUGGCAUGAAAAUGAACCACAGGAAAAGCGUCCUCCAUUCGCUAUUUAAGUGCAUAGAUUAGAUAUAUUUUUUCCCGCUGCCCUUGUUUCGAGACAGGUGAAUGAUAAUGGUCCAUUCUAAAUCAAAACGAAUUUCACACAUAUAUUAUUUAGUAUAUGUAAAGACAAGAUUAAAUCAAGAAUAGUCUGAUGGGUGACAGUAUUAGCCUAUCACUUGUGAAUUAUAUAUUAUCACUUGUGAAUGAUGCCCACCUUAAGGCAAGAAACAAUGCCCUUUUUUUGUGACUUUUUCGAAUCAUAGUUGCACACCUCAUGUAGCCUAGCCCAUAGGCCUAUAUGUUUUGAUAAAGUUUGUAUCGAAGCUAAAGUGGCCAAAUAACUUAGGGCGAGAGUUUCAAGUUUGGGGAAGAGAAUUUUCACCAUAAAAAUCCACCUUUAUAAUAAAAGCAAUCCAUGCAUAAUCGCAUUUGUGGUCACUUUUGAUAACGGUGAUUUCCCACUAAUGGAACAUUCGCGCUUAUAGCCUAUACUAUAUAAGAAAUAGCCUAAUAGUUUAUCAGCAUUUUAAGCUAAAUGUUCUGAUCUGUUGCGUCAGCUUCAUUGCGUAAAAUAGUUUUUUUGAUGCUAGUGGUUGUGUUAAUUUGGGAUGUAUCGCGUCCCACAACUGUCCCAGACUAUGUUUGGAAUAUUUAUUUCUCACACAGAAUAGAAUAGGUCAACUUUUGCACUAUGGGGGAUAGUAGAUUGACAUAGGCUAGUGCUUUUGCUUUUCGUUAGGCCUACUCAUCUUGUGGACAGUUCUUCCAAUAUCUUCAAUAUGCACCUCGGAAUUGAAUAAGGACGCACGCAGUUGCGUCCCUGAUUUGUCUGUCUUCACUUGUAGCCUGUGAGAAAGACCUGAUCAUGUGAUGGAGAGCCGUGCGAGUGAGAUGAGAGGUGCUUCGGAGCGGGCAGCACUCAGGGAGAAGGGCUGCAAAAGGCAUGGAUUUAUUUUGGGUGCAUUAUGGCCACACAAAGGGGAUGCAGCCGGGAAAAAUCGAGGCAUUAUCAAGUACUUGUCAAAUUGUGAAUGAGAGACUGAUGUAGUGUGUACAGCCUGCACAAAAAACAAAGCAGUCUCUUGCCUUUCAUGCAACUUUUUUCAAAUCAUCAUUAGUCGCAUCAUGCAGCCUUAGAAUGUAUUAAAAAUCAAAAUAUAUAGCCCAACAUUUGUAGAACAACUGAAGUUACAUUAAUAACUCUAAAUUAAGCAUAUAGGAGUAUCUAUUUCUUUGUUAACCGCUCAACACAGAAUAGCCGCAUGUGCGCACUCCCUCAAAUCAUUUGGAGAAAAUAUCCUUUAUAUUUUAUUCAGCUAUGUUCAAUUGUAUUCUUCAUACUAUAAAAUAAUAUAAAAUAAUGCCACGGAAUUCUAUGCAAAUCUUGUCUGCUAAAUGAACUAGUGUAGCCCACAGCCAUAUGGCAUAGCCAGAUCAGGGCCUAACAUAAGGACAACUCAGAGUAUGCUAUUAUGUUCUUCUGAAAUAGACUACAUUUUCUUCAUAUAAUGUUUCUUUAGACAGGUCUAAAACAAAUAAUGGAUUUAUUGUGAAGGUGUAGGCUAUAUUACAUGGAUUUAUUAGACUUUUUUAAGUGUAGGUGUUCCAAAGGUCUGCAUCAGUGGCUUGUAGGCUAUGUGUGGAAGCCAGGAGAUGCUAAAUGUGUUUAUGUUAAUUAACAGUCAAUUACGUGAGACUGACAGUUAUUUGCUUGACAAUCACCGACUGAUGAAAUUCGUGACUGCCACAGUCCUAGUGACCCUACCCCUAGACACUUUAGCUGAUCUGAAAGCAUUGGAGCGGUGUUAGCAAUGUGGUGGAAACUCCACUUAGCCUGCCAGAGAGCUGCUAAGCAGCUAUAACAUCACAUUGCUUACACCCAUCGGAUUCUUUCUUUCUACAAGAAUUGUCUUGGGUGGAUAUGGAAUUCAGCAAGUGCAAGAGGGGCGUGGGUGAGGGAGGAUGAGAUGCUUAUGCAGAUAUGGAAUAAGUAUGUUGUUGUUGUUGUUCACAGAGAUUGCCUGCGCUCAGUAGUCCUGAUGUGUGAGGACCCGGAGGUGGCCUGUCCGUACCGUGAUGACACAUGCCUGUGACUGCACCCUGCAGCUGUGAGUCGACAUUUCUGUCUUCUUAAUCUAUAAUUUUCUUAAUCUAUACACAGUUGAAGUCGGAAGUUUACAUUCACUUAGGUUGGAGUCAUUAAAACUAGUUUUUCAACCACUCCACAAAUUUCUUGAUAACAAACUAUAGUUUUGGCAAGUCGGUUACGACAUCUACUUUGUGCAUGACACAAGUAAUUUUUCCAACAAUUGUUUACAGACAGAUUAUUUCACUUAUAAUUCACAGUAUCACAAUUCCAGUGGGUCAGAAGUUUACAUACACUAAGUUGACUGUGGAAAAUUCCUGAAAAUUAUGUCAUGGCUUUAGAAGCUUCUGAUAGGCUAAUUGACAUCAUUUGAGACAAUUGGAGGUGUACCUGUGGAUGUAUUUCAAGGCCUAUCUUCAAACUCAGUGCCUCUUUGCUUGACAUCAUGGGAAAAUCAAAAGAAAUCAGCCAAGACCUCAGAAAAUAAAUUGUAGACCUCCACAAGUCUGGUUCAUCCUUGGGAGCAAUUUCCAAACGCCUGAAGGUACCACGUUCAUCUGUACAAACAAUAGUAUGCAAGUAUAAACACCAUGGGACCACGCAGCCAUCAUACCACUCAAGAAGGAAAAGUGUUCUGUCUCCUAGAGAUUAACGUACUUUGGUGCAAAAAGUGCAAAUCAAUCCCAGAACAACAGCAAAUGACCUUGUGAAGAUGCUGGAGGAAACAAGUACAAAAGUAUCUAUAUCCACAGUAAAACGAGUCCUAUAUGAACAUAAACUGAAAGGCCGCUCAGCAAGGAAGAAGCUACUGCUCCAAAACCGCCAUAAAAAAAGCCAGACUAUGGUUUGCAACUGCAUAUGGGGACAAAGAUCGUACUUUUUGGAGAAAUGUCCUCUGGUCUGAUGAAACAAAAAUAGAACUGUUUGGCCAUAAUGACCAUUGUUAUGUUUGGAGGAAAAAAGGGGUAGCUUGCAAGCCGACGAACACCAUCCCAACAGUGAAGUACGGGGAUGGCAGCAUCAUGCUGUGGGGGUGCUUUGCUGCAGGAGGGACUGGUGCACUUCACAAAAUAGAUGGCAUCAUGAGGAAGGAAAAUUAUGUGGAUAUAUUGAAGCAACAUCUCAAGACAUCAGUCAGGAAGUUAAAGCUUGGUCGCAAAUGGGUCUUCCAAAUGGACAAUGACCACAAGCAUACUUCCAAAGUUGUGGCAAAAUGGCUUAAGGACAACAAAGUCAAGGUAUUGGAGUGGCCAUCACAAAGCCCUGACCUCAAUCCUAUAGAACAUUUGUGGGCAGAACUGAAAAAGCGUGUGCGAGCAAGGAGGCCUACAAACCUGACUCGGUUACAUUUUAGUCAUUUAGCAGACGCUCUUAUCCAGAGCGACUUACAGUUAGUGAAUAAAUAUUUAUUUUUUUAUACUGGCCCCCCGUGGGAAACGAACCCACAACCCUGGCGUUGCAAACGCCAUGCUCUAUCAACUGAGCUACAUCCCUGCCGGCCAUUCCCUCCCCUACCCUGGACGACGCUGGGCCAAUUGUGCGCCGCCCAUGAGUCUCCCGGUCGCGGACGGCUGCGACAGAGCCUGGAUUCGAACCAGGAUCUCUAGUGGCACAGUUAGCACUGCCUUAGACCACUGCGCCACUCAGUUACACCAACUCUGUCAGGAGGAAUGGGCCAAAAUGAACCCAACUUAUUGUGGGAAGCUUGUGGAAGGCUACCCGAAACGUUUGACCCAAGUUAAACAAUUUAAAGGCAAUGCUACCAAAUACUAAUUGAGUGUAUGUAAACUUCUGACCCACUGGGAAUGUGAUGAAAGAAAUAAAAGCUGAAAUAAAUCAUUCUCUCUACAAUUAUCCUGACAUUUCACAUUCUUAAAAUAAAGUGGUGAUCCUAACUGACCUAAGACAGGGAAUUUUUACUAGGAUUAAAUGUAAAGAAUUGUGAAAAACUGAGUUUAAAUGUAUUUGGCUAAGGUGUAUGUAAACUUCCAACUUCAACUGAACAGAAAUAUACAAUUUUAAUGAUUUUGCUGAAUUACAGUUCAUAUAAGGAAAUCAGUCAAUUGAAAUAAAUGAAUUAGGCCCUAAUUUAUGGAUGGGUCAUGGGUGGGCCUGGGAGGGCCCACCCACUUGGGAGCCAGGCCCACCCACUGGGAAGCCAGGCCCAGCCAAUCAGAAUGAGUUUUUCCCCACAAAAGGGCUUUAUUACAGACAGAAAUACUCCUCAGUUUAAUCAGCUGUCCAGGUGGCUGGUCUCAGACGAUCCCGUAGGUGAAGAAGCCGGAUGUGGAUGUCCUGCCGUGGUUACACGUGGUCUGCGGUUGUGAGGCCGGUUGGACAUACUGCCAAAUUCUCUAAAACGACGUUGAAGGCGGCUUAUGGUAGAGAAAUGAACAUUACAUUCUCUGGCAACAGCUCUGGUGGACAUUCCUGCAGUCAGCAUGCAUGCCAAUUGCACGCUCCCUCAAAACUUGAGACAUCUGUGGCAUUGUGUUGUGUCACAAAACUGCACAUUUUAGUGGCCUUUUAUUGUCCCCAGCACAAGGUGCACCUGUGUAAUGAUUAUGCUGUUUAAUCAGCUUCUUGAUAUGCCACACCUGUCAGGUGGAUGGAUUAUCUUGGCAAAGGAGAAAUGCUCACUAACAGGGAUUUAAACUAAUUUGUGCACAAAAUUUGAGAGAUAUAAGCUUUUUGUGCAUAUGGAAAAUAUCUGGGAUCUUUUAUUUCAGCUCAUGAAACAUGGGACCAACACUUUACAUGUUGCCUUUAUUUUUGUUCAGUAUACAUAAACAUACUAGCUACUCAAGAUGGCACAUUGGAUUUUAUAGACAUUCUGUAUAACACACUGCCUAAUGUCUGGCAAAUGCAGACCAGACAACCCACAAUACAUCAGUAAUCUCUCUCCCCCCUCUGAUCUUCCAUUCCUUCCUGCCUACCAGUUGGUGUCAGAAGAGGAGUACAAGCGCUGGCUGCAGAGAGGCUUGUCUGUGGCAGAGUCUCGCUGUGAGGGCAGUUACCACUGUGCCAGCCCAGACUGCUCCGGAUGGUGUGUGUACGAGGACACAGUCAACGUGUUCCACUGCCCCGUCUGGAACAAGCACAACUGCCUGCUCUGCAAGGUACACACACACACCACAUUUACAUUCACCAAUGAUUGCGAACACCAUGGAUUUGAAAAUACACUACCAGUCAAAAGUUUGGACACACCUACUCAUUCAAGGGUUUUUCUUUAUUUUUACUAUUUUUUACAUUGUAGAAUAAUAAUGAAGACAUCAAAACUAGGAAAUAACACAUGGAAUCAUGUAGUAACCAAAAAAAGUGUUAAACAAAUCAAAAUAUAUUUUAUAUUUGAGAUUCUUCAAAUAGCCACCCUUUGCCUUGAUGACAGCUUUGCACACGCUUAGCGUUCUCUCAACCAGCUUCAUGAGGUAGUCACCUGGAAUGCAUUUCAAUUAACAGGUGUGCCUUCUUAAAAGUUCAUUUGUGGAAUGUAUUUCCUUCUUAAUGCGUUUGAGACAAUCAGUUGUGUUGUGACAAGGAACGGGUGGUAUACAGAAGAUAGCCCUAUUUGGUAAAAGACCAAGUCCAUAUUAUGGCAAGAACAGCUCAAAUAAGUAAAGAGAAACGACAGUCCAUAAUUUCUUUAAGUCAUGAAGGUCAGUCAAUACGGAACAUUUAAAGAACUUUGAAAGUUUCUUCAAGUGCAGUCGCAAAAACCAUCAAGCGCUAUGAUGAAACUGGCUCUCAUAAGGACCGCCACAGGAAUGGAAGACCCAGAGUUACCUCUGCUGCAGAGGAUAAGUUCAUUAGAGUUACCAGCCUCAAAUUGCAGGCCAAAUAAUUGCUUCACAGUUCAAGUAACAGACACAUCUCAACAUCAACUGUUCAGAAGGGACUGUGUGAAUCAGACCUUCAUGGUUGAAUUGCUGCAAAGACACUACUAAAGGACACCAAUAAGAAGAGACCUGCUUGGGCCAAGAAACAUGAGCAAUGGACAUUAGACCAGUGGAAAUUUGUCCUUUGGUCUGGAGUCCAAAUUUGAGAUUUUUGGUUCAAACCGCCGUGUCUUUGUGAGACGCGGUGUGGGUGAACGGAUGAUCUCCUCAUGUGUAGUUCCCAACGUAAAGCAUGGAGGAGGUGUUAUGGGGUGGGGGUGCGUUGCUGGUGACACUGUCUGUGAUUUAUUUAGAAUUCAAGGCACACUUAACCAGCAUGGCUACCACAGCAUUCUGUAGCAAUACACCAACCCAUCUGGUUUGGGCUUAGUGGGACUAUCAUUUGUUUUUCAACAGGACAAUGACCCAACACACCUCCAGGCUGUGUAAGGGCUAUUUUACCAAGAAGGAGAGUGAUGGAGUGCUGCAUCAGAUGACCUGGCCUCCACAAUCCCCCGACCUCAACCCAACUGAGAUGGUUUGGGAUGAGUCGGACGGCAGAGUGAAGGAAAAGCAGCCAACAAGUGCUCAGCAUAUGUGGGAACUCCUUCAAGACUGUUGGAAAAGCAUUCCAGGUGAAGCUGGUUGAGAGUGCCAAGAGUGUGCAAAGCUGUCAUCAAGGCAAAGGGUGGCUAUUUGAAGAAUCUCAAAUAUAAAAUAUAUUUUGAUUUGUUUAACACUUUUUGGUUACUACAUGAUUCCAUAUGUGUUAUUUCCUAGUUUUGAUGUCUUCACCAGGGACGGCUUGUUCAAUAGGGCGAUAUGGGCGACGCACUGCCAAACGGGAAAAGGAAGGGAUUUUUUUGGGUGUCUGUGGGCUUGCACUUACGCGCUUUCGUCAUACGUGACGUAACGUUGAACGUAACUAAGACAAUGGCGCCUAGCAGCGUCUCUGUUGCGACCUGCAGUGCGGCGUUAUUUUAUGUUUUUAAUUUGUAGACUUAGUUUACAAACAUUCUGCCAACCAUGGAUUUCCAGUGGUUGGUUUUGGACUGAUCUUGUUGAUCGUGUACAUACCCGCUACGAACGGACUAAAUAAUGAAAACGCUGCUGGCAGCUGAAUCCCAAUACAGCUGGGAGACUUGGCUGGAUGACAGAGUCCCGGACAGAGAAGUGGAGCCGGCCACCUUCACCCUGGUCAGAGCGGACCGCGAUCCUGGUAAGAGAGCGACUCUGUACCCCGACAUUGAACUGCUUUCUGUGUCAUUGCGACCUUACUAUCAAUUCAAUUCAAUUUAAGGGCUUUAUUGGCAUGGGAAACGUGUGUUAACAUUGCCAAAGCAAGGGAAGUAGAUAGUAAACAAAAGUGAAAUAAACAAUAAAUAUUAACAGUAAACAUUACACUCAGAAGUUUCAAAAGAAUAAAGACAUUUCAAAUGUCAUAUUAUGUAUAUAUACAGUGUUGUUACAAUGUGCAAAUAGUAAAAGUACAAAUGGGAAAAUAAAUAAACAUAAAUAUGGGUUGUAUUUACAAUGGUGUUUGUUCUUCACUGGUUGCCCUUUUCUUGUGGCAACAGGUCACAAAUCUUGCAGCUGUGAUGGCACACUGUGGUUUUUCACCCAGUAGAUAAGGGAGUUUAUCAAAAUUGGGUUUGUUUUCGAAUUCUUUGUGGAUCGCUGUAAUCUGAGGGAAAUAUGUGUCUCUAAUAUGGUCAUACAUUUGGCAGGAGGUUAGGAAGUGCAGCUCAGUUUCCACCUCAUUUUGUGGGCAGUGUGCACAUAGCCUGUCUUCUCUUGAGAGCCAGGUCUGCCUACGGCGGCCUUUCUCAAUAGCAAGGCUAUGGUCACUGAGUCUGUACAUAGUCAAAGCUUUCCUUAAGUUUGGGUCAGUCACAGUGGUCAGGUAUUCUGCCACUGUGUACUCUCUGUUUAGGGCCAAAUAGCAUUCUAGUUUGCUCUGUUUUUUUGUUUGUUCUUUCCAAUGUGUCAAGUAAUUCUCUUUUUGUUUUCUCAUGAUUUGGUUGGGUCUAAUUGUGUUGUUGUUGUUGUUGUUGUUGUUGUCCUGGGGCUGUGUGGGGUCUGUUUGUGUUUGUGAACAGAGGCCCAGGACAAGCUUACUUAGGGGACUCUUCUCCAAGUUCAUCUCUCUGUAGGUGAUGGCUUUGUUAUGGAAGGUUUGGGAAUCGCUUCCUUUUAAGUGGUUACUAUCUGCCCCGUGAGUUCCCCCAAUUGUUUGUUACCGUUGUGUACUGUUGAUAAUCACAAGUUUACUGGAGAACUGAGACCAAGUAGAGACUUUGGACAGGGUGGAUAUGGUAUAAUAAAGGCAGUUUAUUCAGAGGUAAAGAUAUCUGGAAUCGCGUGCACGGACUCGUGCACGUGUGUAGGUCACCUAAAUCAUCAGAAAAAUUGCCCCUCCUGAGAAUUUUUUCAGGAGCCGCCACUGGUCUUCACUAUUAUUCUAACAAUGUAGAAAAUAGUAAAAAUAAAGAAAAACCCUUGAAUGAGUAGGUGUGUCCAAACUUUUGACUGGUAGUGUACGUCCUUCUCUACUUUCCCUCUGUCUGUCUCUCUCAGGCGAUCCAUGAAGAGAUGGACUGUAAGCAGUACCAGGAUGAACUGACAGCCCGUGCUGAGAACGACUCAGCAGCCUGCAGAACCAGAGAUCUGCUGAAGGUGACACACAAUCAGACACUUUGUUACAUGUACUUUAUACCUGUAGAUCGAUUUCGGCAAGCAUUGAAGACAAGUGGAAGGAAUGUUAGGUUUUUCAGGUAGUUAGACUUUGCUCAUAUGAUAUUAACAGAAAAUAACUGUUAAAUUAACAUGUAUAAACUGUCCCUCUUUCUCAGACCCUGGUCCUCUCCGGGGAGGCCAUGCACUGCCCUCAGUGCAGCAUCAUCAUGCAGAAAAAGGAGGGUUGUGAUUGGUUGCGUUGCACUGUCUGUCACACCGAGAUCUGCUGGGUCACCAGAGGGCGUCGCUGGGGGCCAGGGUUAAGAGCCCGCCUCUCCUGUCUCUCUCUGUCACAUUCAGUCAAGCUCUGCUCUCUCUGGUUGUGUUCCACUGCUCACCUCUAAUGCAGAGAUUUCCCAUCUGUCUGUCUGCUACCGGUCUGAUGUGCUUUUGCUCCCCCUCAGGGUCCGGGAGACACCAGCGGAGGCUGCCGCUGCAACCUCAACAACCAAAAAUGUCACCAAAAGUGUCAGAACUGCCACUGAGAAAGACAAUAAGGGAUGUGUGUGUUGUGAGAGUGAGGUAAAAAGUUAGAAUGGUAGGAGUAGGAACCAGAAACCAAAGUUGACCAUGCAGGACAAAUGUGUAUGUCACUCAAAGGAUUGAUGAUCUCAUCACUGCACAUUCAGCUCUGCACGUUUCCUGUUUGUUUUUGUUCUCCCUAUAAAGUCAUGCAAUACUGUUCAGGGACACAUUCAACUAAGUGUCCUUAACCUUUUCAGCUCUCAAAGUUAAAGUCUAAUGCCAAUGACACAGCAUUCUGGGGUUGAAACAGAGAGCGUACUGUGU